AGCAGCCGCCGGCGGAAUUUGCGACCGAUGACCGAAGCAUUCAGUAAAAUGCCCGAAAUUGAUCCGGAUCAGGAUCUGGACUUGGGCCGGACCCGGUGGCAGCCCUAGAAGUCGUUUCAAUUUUCAGGGACUUGGCAGAACCCUUCUUCAACCUCUCAAACACCACUCUCAUGGCUGUGGAGAAGCUUGUACAUGUCUUCCUAACCACGCUUUCCCUCCAGUUUUCUUAGAUUUUCUCCGUUUUCCACUCCAAACCCCAGUGUUCAUCGUCUAAUGGUUUCUCUGUCCUCCUACCCAUUUGCAUUUUUUAGCUAAAUCCCCUCCAAAGUUCUUCUUCCUAUCUUUCUGAGCGCAUUGAAGUAUGGGCGAUCGUGGGCAGUCUGAGAAUCUCGUUCUCGUGGCCAGAAAACCAUGUUUUGGACUCCCAACGGGAUGCCCGUCUUGCUUGCCUGUCUAUAUUUACCUCAAAUUCUCCGGCAUGCCAUUCGAAGUUUGUUUCGAUACUUCAAAACCGGAUUCAGAAGACAUACCAUCAGUGGAAUAUGGUGAUUAUGUAGCAUUCAACAGUGAAAAGGGUGGAACUAUUGAAGGAUUGAAAGAAGAUGGAAUCCUUGAUAUGGAUUCAAAACUUCUUAGUCACUCAAUUCCUGAGUGGUUAGCAAUGAAGGCAAUGAUUGAUUCAUGGCUUGCAGAUGCUUUAGCUUAUGAACUCUGGAUCGGUUCUGGUGGUAGUGCAGUUCGUCAAAUCUAUUACUCUGAUCUCCCUUGGAUAAUUGGGAAGGCUCUUCACUGGAAGCAAACUCAAGCUGCGAAGCAAAGGCUUGGGAUCACAAUGUCUAAUACUGCUGAAAGAGAGGCUGAGAUUUUCAGGAAGGCUACAAAAGCAUAUGAGGCACUCUCUGCAAAACUAGGGGAGAACAAUUUUUUCUUUGAGGAUAGGCCAACAAGUUUGGAUGCUGCUAUGCUUGGGCAUACGCUGUUCGUUCUUCAUGCUCUAUCUGAUUCAUCUACAUUGAGGUCUCAGCUCACAAGACAUGAAAAUCUUGUCAGAUAUUCAGAGAACCUCAAGGUAGAGUUCUUGGAAGAUAGUUCAACAUCUGUUCCCAGAUCUCCUUUUGAACCAUCAACAUCAUCAAUGCCAAGCAGAAAAUCUGCACCAUACGGAACUAGUAAACCCAAGAGCAAGCCUAAGAAGGAAAAGACAGAAGAAGAGAAGGCAUUCCGCAGAAGAGCAAAGUAUUUCUUGUUAACGCAGCUUGUCGCUGUUCUUGUUUUUUUGACACUUAUGGGUGGCUCGGAGGAAGCAGAUAUAGAGGUUGAUGAUGAUGAAGGCAUUGAUUACGAGGACUAGGCUGGUGUGGUUGCCUUCUCCCCUCCCCUCCAAGCGUCAAAUUUAUUAUUGAGUCUGGUUCUCUGUCAAUUCAUCAAAGAUAUUUAAAUUAUUGUAAGGUAGCUACUGUUCAGGAUUUUUGGUUGAAUUACAGAUUCAUUUGUCGUGAUCUUC